AUGGCGGUCCCCUUGGCCGCCUGGCUGUGGCUGAUGCACCUGGCCACCUGCCUGGCCGCCGGGCACGGCAUGGCUAGCAAGAAGGAGAUCAGCAUGGACGGGGACCUGGUGAUCGGGGGCCUCUUCCCCGUCCACGAGAAAGGAGCGGGGAGCGAAGACUGCGGCAAGAUCAACGAGCACCGGGGCAUCCAGCGCCUGGAGGCCAUGCUCUUCGCCCUGGACGAGAUCAACAAGGACGGGAGCAUCCUGCCGGGGGUGAGGCUGGGCGCCCACAUCCUCGACACCUGCUCCAAGGACACCUACGCCCUCGAGCAGUCCCUCGACUUUGUCCGCGCCUCCCUCACCAGGGUGGACGGCUCUGAGCACAUCUGCCCCGACGGCUCCUACGCUGUCCACGAUGACGUGCCCACCGCCAUCACCGGCGUCAUCGGUGGCUCCUACAGCGACGUUUCCAUCCAGGUGGCCAACCUGCUGCGGCUCUUCCAGAUCCCGCAGAUCAGCUAUGCCUCCACCAGCGCCAAGCUCAGCGACAAGUCCCGCUACGACUACUUCGCCCGCACCGUCCCGCCAGACUUCUACCAAGCCAAAGCCAUGGCGGAGAUCCUCCGCUUUUUCAACUGGACCUACGUCUCCACCGUGGCCUCGGAGGGCGACUACGGGGAGACGGGGAUCGAGGCCUUUGAGCAAGAAGCCCGCAUGCGCAACAUCUGCAUCGCCACCUCGGAGAAGGUGGGGCGCUCCAUGAACAAGAAGACCUACGAUGGGGUGGUCCGGGCUCUGCUGCAGAAGCCCAAUGCAAGAGUGGUCGUGCUGUUCACCCGAAGCGAAGACGCCCGGGAGCUGCUGGCGGCUGCCCAGAGAGCCAACGUGUCCUUCACGUGGGUGGCCAGUGAUGGGUGGGGAGCCCUGGAGAGCGUGGUGGCCGGGAGCGAGGCAGUGGCGGAGGGAGCCAUCACCAUCGAGCUGGCAGCCUACCCCAUUAAGGAGUUUGCUGCCUACUUCCGUAACCUCCACCCCUACAAUAACAGCCGAAAUCCCUGGUUUCGGGAAUUUUGGGAGCAGAAGUUCAAGUGCAGCUUCCACACGCAGGACUGUAGCCGGUACUCCCUCAAGACCGGCAAGUUUGAGCCAGAGUCCAAGAUCACAUUCGUGGUCAAUGCGGUCUAUGCCAUGGCUCACUCUCUCCACAACAUGCACCAGGCGCUGUGCCCCAAUGCCACCAAGCUCUGCGACGCCAUGAAGCCCGUCAAUGGCAAGAGGUUCUACAAGGACUUUAUGCUCAAUGUUAAUUUUGACGCUCCAUUCAGGCCAGCAGACAAAAGCGUCGUUCGAUUUGACCGCUACGGCGAUGGGAUCGGGCGCUACAACAUCUUCAACUAUCACCACAUGGACGGGCGGUAUCGGUAUCAGAAGGUGGGCUACUGGGCUGAGGGGCUCAUCCUCAACACCAGCCUCAUCCCGUGGGCUGAGACCUCCAUCCCUGUGUCCCAGUGCAGCGACCCCUGCAAGAAGAAUGAGAUAAAGAGUAUGCAGCCCGGAGACAUAUGCUGCUGGAUCUGCAUCCCCUGCCAGCCCUACGAGUACUUGCUGGAUGAGUUCACCUGCAUGGACUGCGGUCUCGGUUACUGGCCCAACGAGACCCUGAAUGGCUGCUACGAGUUGCCCCAAGAGUACAUCCGCUGGAAAGACGCCUGGGCCAUUGGUCCCGUCACUAUCUCUUGCCUGGGUUUUAUCUCCACCCUUUUCGUUUUCGGAGUCUUCAUGAAGAACAAUGACACCCCCAUCGUGAAGGCCUCCGGCCGCGAGCUCUGCUACAUUCUCCUGACUGGGGUCCUCAUGUGCUACAGCAUGACUUUCAUCUUCAUCGCGAAGCCCUCCACCGAGGUGUGCACGCUCCGGCGCCUGGGGCUGGGCACGUCCUUCGCCGUCUGCUAUUCGGCCCUCUUGACCAAGACGAAUCGCAUCGCCAGGAUCUUCAGCGGGGUGAAGGAGGGGGUCCAGCGCCCCCGGUUCAUAAGCCCCACAUCGCAGGUGGUCAUCUGCAUGGCCCUCAUCUCUUGCCAGCUGAUCAUCGUCAUCAUCUGGCUGCUGGUGGAGACGCCCGGCACAGGCAAGGAGACCGAGCCUGACAAGAGGUACAUCGUCACCCUCAAGUGCAACAACCGCGACUCCAACAUGCUCAUUUCGCUCACCUACAACGUCCUGUUGAUUGUCCUCUGCACGGUCUACGCCUUCAAGACACGGAAAUGCCCUGAAAACUUCAACGAGGCCAAGUUCAUUGGGUUCACCAUGUACACGACCUGCAUCAUCUGGCUGGCCUUUCUGCCCAUCUUCUACGUGACAUCCAGCGACUACCGAGUGCCCGGCUCCCUGCCCAUACCUGGUGGCACGAGCAUCUCCGCGUCCUGGCCGCUGCCAGCUCCAGCCGUGGGCACGUGGCGGGGCUGA